AUGCUGUGUUGCUCAGAAGCGGAACUGAAGGAAGAGUUAAAGGAUUCUCUCGUCACUGAUGUGGUGAGAAUAACGAGGGUCGAGAAUGGUUUACCAACACCCACACCAGGUCACAUUUUGACCUUCGCCCUCCCUCACCCACCAGCCACGAUUAGAGCAGGAUACCUUUCUCUUCAAGUUAAACCUUACUUCAGAAAUCCCCAAAGAUGUUUCAGAUGCCAGCGCUUCGGACAUUCGAGCAAAACAUGCACCGGCUUAGAUACAUGUAGCCGAUGUGGUCAAAGUAGCCACAAUGACAAAUAUUGCACAAGCGGAGAAGAGAACUGUGUGAACUGUAAGGGCAAGCACUAUUCAAGCUCUCGCAGUUGCAAGAUUUAUUUGGAGGAGAAAGAGAUAUUAAAGUUAGUAACAUUAGAAAAACUGUCUUUUGGCGACGCCCGAAGGGAGUAUAGGAGACGACUUGGACAAACUCCAAGAAAAGAUAUCUCCUACUCUCAGGCCGCUUCUGCUCCUCCAGCCCAGCCCGCACAGUGCUCCUCCUGCUCCGCUCUGGAGGGCAUGGUGCGAGAACUCACUAAACAGGUCGCUGCCUUGGUGCAGCAGUUAAAUGCCAAGGCCUUGCCGCAAACACAAGCGAGUAGUCAUACGACUUCUGCCCCCGUAGCAAAGGGACUCCCGAAACAAACAGGAACCAUUCCCAGGCCAGUUUCUGUGUCUGUGGCACCCGCUAAAGGAAAAGAGCGACCAUCUAACCAUUCCAAAACGGCGGAGGAAAGGAAGUCUCUCCAAGAGAGACUUAAAACCCAAAUCCGAUCGAAAGCUCAGGCGAGAUCAAAGGGAGGCACCCCCCACUCCCUGCUCCUCUCAACUUUCCAUAGUUGA